UGGAAGGAAGACUGCACGGCCAUGGCUGCAGCCGCCCGCGCCCGGGUCGCGCACUUGCUGAGGCAACUGCAGCGAGCAGCAUGCCAGUGCCCAACUCAUUCUCAUACUUACUCCCAAGCUCCUGGAUUUGCACCUUUUGGGAAAACAACAGAUUAUGCCUUUGAGAUGGCCAUUUCAAAUAUUAGAUAUGGAGCAGGAGUUACAAAGGAAGUGGGAAUGGACUUACAAAACAUGGGUGCUAAAAAUGUCUGUUUGAUGACAGACAAGAACCUCUCCCAGCUCCCUCCGGUACAAAUGGUUAUGGAUUCCCUAGUGAAGAAUGGCAUAAAUUUUAAGGUUUAUGAUAAUGUGAGGGUGGAACCAACUGAUAGAAGCUUCAUGGAUGCUAUUGAAUUUGUCAAAAAGGGAGCUUUUGAUGCCUACGUUGCUGUCGGUGGUGGCUCCACCAUGGACACCUGUAAAGCCGCUAAUCUGUAUGCGUCCAGUCCUCACUCUGAUUUCCUAGAUUAUGUCAAUGCCCCCAUUGGGAAGGGAAAGCCUGUGUCUGUGCCUCUUAAGCCUCUGAUUGCAGUCCCAACUACCUCAGGAACUGGAAGUGAAACUACGGGAGUUGCCAUCUUUGACUAUGAACACUUAAAAGUAAAAACUGGUAUUGCUUCCCGAGCCAUCAAACCCACACUGGGACUGAUUGAUCCUCUGCACACCCUGCACAUGCCUGACCGGGUAGUUGCCAACAGUGGCUUCGAUGUGCUUUGCCAUGCCCUGGAGUCCUACACUGCCCUCCCCUACCACAUGCGGAGCCCCUGCCCUUCAAAUCCUAUCACCCGGCCAGCAUACCAGGGCAGCAACCCAAUCAGCGACAUUUGGGCAGUUCAUGCACUACGGAUCGUCGCUAAGUAUCUGAAGAGGGCUGUCAGAAAUCCUGAUGAUCUGGAAGCAAGGUCUAAUAUGCACUUGGCAAGUGCUUUUGCUGGCAUUGGCUUUGGAAAUGCUGGUGUUCAUCUGUGCCAUGGAAUGUCUUACCCAAUUUCAGGCUUAGUGAAGACUUAUAAAGCAAAGGAUUAUAAUGUGGAUCACCCACUAGUGCCUCAUGGCCUUUCUGUGGUACUCACCUCCCCAGCGGUAUUCACUUUCACAGCACAGAUGUCUCCUGAACGGCACCUGGAAACGGCAGAAAUACUGGGAGCUCACACCCGCACUGCCAGGAUCGCAGAUGCUGGGCCUAUUUUGGCAGACACACUCCGGAAAUUCUUAUUCGAUCUGGAUGUUGAUGAUGGCCUAGCUGCCAUUGGUUACUCCAAGGCUGAUAUCCCUGCAUUAGUGAAAGGAACGCUGCCCCAGGAAAGGGUCACCAAGCUUGCACCACGCCCUCAGUCAGAAGAGGAUCUGUCUGCUCUGUUUGAAGCUUCAAUGAAACUGUAUUAAUGUUCAUUCUCAUUGAAAGAAUUACCACUGGCCAUCACAGUCCCGACAACAGAAGCCGAACUAGCCAGAACUUCGUCUUUUCAUCUCCAUGUGUAACACAACUGAUACCAGUCUGAAUGUGAUAUAAACUUAUCCUGCAGAAGAUUCCCUGAUGCUCAAAGUCAGGCUACUUCCAUAAACCGGUGGAAAAAUGCCCACUACAUUGGAACUUGGGCUAGAUUUUAGGCAUCCGUGUUCCUGUCCCAAGCCCCACAGAUUGCCACUGCUCUAUUUAUCAAAUGGGCAAAAACUCAGUAUCUAUCAAAAACUUAAAUGCACAUACUCAAUCCCCAGUAAUCCCUAGUCUACAAAUUUAUCCUAUAGAAAUAUUAGCACAAGUGUGUUAAGAAAUAUGGCAAGGAUGUUUCUGGCAGCACUUAUCCUGAUAAAAUAUCUGAAAGAAACUAAAUAUUUGUUAAUAGUAUAAAGAUAAAUAAAUCAUAGUAUAUUAAAUAAUGGAAUGCUAUCAUGCUAUCAAUAAGAACGAGAUAAAUCUAUUGGAAAUAUGCCCGCGAUGUACUGCUAAAUGGAAAAAAGAACGAAUAUUUAUUUGCAUGGUCUGAUUUUUACUUUUUAAAUUAUAUCUGAAUAUAGGUCUGUAGAGAGAGAAUAGAAGGAUACACAUCAAAAUAUUAAAAGUUAUCACUGGAGAAAUGGAAUCUGGAGUAUAGAGAAUUAAGAGAAAGUAUUCACUUUAUAUUUUAUACUUCCUGUUUUUAUUUCAUAAACAUCUGUGUUGUUUUGGAUUUGUCACAACAAGAACAUAUUUUCUGAUUUUAAAAGGGCCAAAAAAAUAAAGGGGCCAGAGAACAGAGACAAAUACCACUGUAUUGUUUUAGGUCAGAUUCAUCUUAAUUUAUAAAAAUACUAGUAACUAAUAUUUAAAGAUUAAGACAGACCCAAAGAAGUAAAAUAUUAGAGACUGAUCCUCAGGUACAUAAAUUGUUCUUUUGAGAAAAACACUAACAUCCUAAAUGGUAACUCCCUCUUUGGAAAGAUGUGUUCAGUGCUCAGAAUAAAUUAAUUCAAAAGCCAGCAGGGUUGUAUUUUAUAGACUCAGACUUGCAGGUAGAAUCUAAGCAGCAUGAUCGUUUGCCUCUCUGUUAUCCCCAGCCUGCAGAAACUUCUACAGCUCAUUUCUCUCAUAAAGGUUACCACACUGAUGGUUUUUGCCUGCUCAAGCUUUGGCAGUCUGGAUCUCAGUGUACUUAUAGAUUUAUUCAUUUUUUAAAAUUGAAUUAAACUUUUAAUCAAAUAUGUAAUGUAUAUAUAAUUACAUCAGGAUUUUAAAAAACGAAAGAGAAAUGCAUUACUUGCCUUCAACCUGGCCAGACCCACUUUAUCUGUAUAGAGGUCUUUAGUUCCUUGAGAUCUUUUAAAUAACACUGAGAUAAUGUUUAUAGAGCUUUCUCUAACUAUAAACAUAAAAUAUGGUCAGUACAAAAAACUGGUAAUACAAAGAUAAACGCAAAAGGAAAUAUUUGUUCAUACUGCACCAUCCAGAAGAGAGCCACUGUUAAAAUUUUGGUUUAUGUUUUUUAUUAUAUGCGUGAAUAUAUUUUUGACUUAGAAAUGAUAUCGUUAGGGUACAGUUUUAAUUCCUACAGAACAUUCAAAUUAUUUAUACUAAGUGCCCAAAAGGCAAGCAUAGGACAACACUAACAGAAUUUUAGUUGUACCUUGCAGACCAUAUCUAGCUAAAAUUUCCUCCAGCAUUUCAAGAGUCUCAUGGAUUCUGAAGGCAGAAGCUGUGA